AUGGCUUCCGUCGACCCCUCAACCUCUGGCGAGCUCUCUGCCGCUCAGAAGCUCAUGCAGAAGCAUGCUGAACACAGUCCCCACCCCGUUACCGUCGAGGAGGUUCCCGAUGUCGACCUCCCCAAGCCUGCCAACGACGCUUCUGGCUCCUGGGCCGCCCCCAUGAGCUCUACCGCUGCUGGCAAGCAGAAGGAGAAGCAGUCCUCGCUCGACACUCAGUCGCAUGAGCUCUUCCCCGAGCUUGGUGCCCCCAAGGGCAAGGCUGCGAAUGUCGCCCCUAUCUGGAGCGCCAAGAAUGGUGCUCCCAAGCAGAACGGCUCCAACGGUGCCCCCCAGAAUGUCGCUCCUCCUGCGCCUGCCCCCGCCACUGGUUCUGCUGGCCAAAUUCCCCCUCCCGUCAUGUCCAUUCCUGGACGCAAGGUCGAGUCUGUUACUCUCGAGCCGCAGUUCAUCAUGGAGCGCAGCAAGCUCAAGAGACCCAUUCCCGAAAUCCUUCGCGACCUGAACCGCAAGUCCCGCGCCAACAUUACCAUGUCCACCGUUAGCAAUGGCCGCGUCAAGUUCGAUGCCACUGGUCCUCAGGAUGUUGCUCAGCAGGCACUCAAAGAUCUAGUCGCUCAGAUUGGCCGACGUACUGUCAUCGAAGUACCGAUUCCCUACUCCGCUCGCGCUCACAUCAUUGGCAAGGGCGGCUCCGUGAUCAAGACUCUGCAGGAGAAGACUGGCGCCAAGAUUCAGCUCCCCAAGGCCGACGACACCAAACAGCUCGACGACGACGAGGAUGCUACCAUCAAUGUCUCGGUCGAGGGUAAUGCACUGUCUGCUGCUUCCGCUCGCAACGAGAUCCUCAAGAUUGCCAAUGAGCGAUCCGCCGCUGCCCAGACCAAAGUCCGUGGUAUUCCUGCCGCUUUCUACCCGUUCCUAGCCGGCCCUGGCAACUCGCUUGCCCAAGCUCUUGAGGAGUCUCAUGGUGUUCAGAUCCGAGUCCCUCCCCACCAGCACCUCAGCUCUGGACCUGCGCCUGUUCCAGCCGCCCCCGGCCAGCGACCCGUCUUCCAUCCCGCUGGCGCCGAUGACGAGCACAUUCAGCUCGCCGGUGAUCGUAUCGCCGUUCAAAAUGCUCGCGCCGAACUUGAGAGACAGGUCGCCGAGCUUCACAAGCAGCUCGAACUCGAGCAGUUAUCUAUCCAGCGCGGCCGCCACCAGUUUAUUAUUGGUAACCGGGGUGUCCCCAUGGAGGAUUUCUUUUCCGAUACUGGCUGUGCCAUUCUCCUACCUUCGGAUGACGAAGAUGACCUGAUUACCAUUGUCGGCCCGCCUGACCAAGUCCAAGUUGGGGUUGAGAAGGCCAUGGAUCUUGCCAUGGGAAUGCAAAUGUCCAACAUUGAUCUGUCCAGAUUCCACCGCACUGCUCCCAGCGGUGCCGCUGUUCAUGCCGCCAACAUUACUCGAUACCUUCGCCAGCGUCGCGAAAUUGAUCGCCUGGAGAAGCUCUACAACACCCACAUCAACACGCCCUUCUCCCAGGACGGCGCUCUGCCAUGGGAGCUGUACUCGCGAGAUGGGAAGAACGCGAUUCGUGCGCAGUCUGAAAUUACCGGCAUCAUCAACGGCCACCCGCCCACAAGAAUGCAAAACGUCAGCGUCGACCCCUUCUUCCACCAGCAUUUGCGAACCGAUGUUUCUCCUCGCCUCAAGCAGGAUUAUGGCGUGCAGCUGGUUGUUCCCGAGGCUGGUGAGCCCAACAGCUCUGUUCUGCUGGUCUUUGAAGGCCCUGCCGGUGCGGACAGCGCCUACCAACCCCCUCGUGUGAAGCCCUCCGAUGCCGAACUGGCUGCUUUCAAGAAGGGUCUCGCAGACGCCCAGAAGCACAUUCUUGACUUGAUCGGCCAACAGGAGAACCUCGACAGUGUUGCUCUUGAUGUUCCGGCCAAGUUCCAUGAGAGGCUUCGUCGCUUCAUUAAGAAGGAGCAGGAGUGCCGUGCUGCUGACCAGAUACCCAUCCGUGUCACAAAGGUUGGCAUCACCGUCACCCUCCGCGGCCCUAGCUCUGCGGUCAAGAACCUUGCGGCCAAGGCCACUGCGUUCAUCGAGCAGGAGAAGCAGGACGACAAGGAGCGCGGCUUCACUUUGUCGUUUGACUUCCCUCAGAAGUAUGCCAACCAUCUUAUUGGCAAGGGUGGCAGCAACAUCAAGGAGCUUCGCGACCGCUUCGAUGUCGAAAUCCAGGUUCAAGACGGCAAGGUUGAGCUGAAGGGCCCCAAGGCCAAGGCUGAGACCGCCAGAACGUACAUCCAGAACCUGAGCCGCACUCUGGCCGACGAAACCACGCAUACCCUCAAGAUUGACCCGAAGUACCACCGUGAACUUAUCGGUACGCAGGGUACACAGAUCAACCGCCUCCAGACUCGCUACAAGGUUCUCAUCUUCUUCCCCCGCGCCGCCAAGAGCGCCUCUGACGAGCAGUCCAACGCCGACGCUGCCAGUGACGCUGGCAAGGGCCGUCGUCAGCAAGCUCUCGACGAAGUCAUCAUCCGCGGCCCCAAGAAGGGUGCUGACGAGGCCCGUGAUGAGAUCUUCUCCCUUCACAAGUACCUGGAGGAGCACUCUGCUACUGCUACUGUCCCUGUUCAGCAGAAGCAGGUUGGCUCCCUCAUCGGACAAGGCGGUGCUGCUCUUGAUGAGCUGCGACAGCAGACUGGUGCUCGCAUCGAUGUUCCUGCUGACCGUGAUACCGACAUGGUUGAGAUCUCGAUCAGAGGUACCGCCUCACAGGUCGCCAAGGCCAAGAAGGCGCUCGAGGAAAAGCGCGCCGUCUUUGACGACACUGUUGUCAAGACGGUGGAUAUUGAGAAAAAGCACCACCGCUCUUUGAUUGGACCUAGUGGCUCUACUCUUCGAGACAUUGUUGUCGGCGCCGGCGGAUCUGACGAUCGCCGUUCUCUGGCUAGAACUAUCCAGUUCCCCAAGCAGGAGGCUGACGGCAACACUAUCAAGGUUGAAGGCCGUACUGACAUUGUGGACAAGAUCAUUAAGCGCAUUGAAGAGAUUGUGGCCGAGCGCGACAGCCAGGUCACCGACGUUGUUGAUGUGCCUGUCGACCAGCACCGAACCCUGAUCGGCCGUGGUGGUGAGGCGAAGCGCCAGCUGGAGACGAAGCUUAACGUCAGCAUUGAUGUCCCUCGCCAGGGCGAUGGCAAAACGGGAGUCAAGAUCUCUGGUCUUGCUGAGAACGUGUCAAAGGCCAAGGAGCACAUUGCUACUCUUCUGAAGUCGCAGGAAGGCGAGACAAUCCAGAUUCCCCGCAAUGUUCACCACACCAUCUCCAACGGUGGCCAGUUCUUCCGCCAGCUUCGCAACAACCACCAGGUAACAGUCGACCAUGCUGGCCAGAAGCUUCCCGGCAAGCCUGAGGCCGGAGCUCGCGUGACUGGCGGCGCUUUGCCUUUGAUCACCGACGAUGCCGACUCUGCUGCAGACGCCCACUCAUGGAGCAUCGUCAAGACUGCCAGUGGUGAGGCAGGUGACAUUCCUUGGGUCCUUCGGGGCAGCGCCGAGAACAUCGCCAAGGCCAAGGAGCUGAUCGACAAGGCGCUGGCUCAAGCCAAGAAGCAGGAUGCCACGGGCUACCUGAUACUUCCUGACCCCAAGACCUACCGAUAUGUCAUUGGCCAGGGCGGCUCCAAGGUCAACUCGAUUCGCCAGCAGAGCGACUGCAAGAUCCAGGUGCCCCGCGAUCAGGCCAAAGACGAGGCUAUUGAGAUUAUUGGCACAGAGAAGGGCGUUGAAAAGGCCAAGGAGCUGAUUCUGGCUGCCAUCAAGGAGGGCCAGAGCAGCAGAGACUAG